AUGCCAUUAGGUGGAAAGAAAAUACAAAACAAAGUGGAAAAUCUCUUUCGGGGGAUCUCAAAUGUAUGGGGAACAAGUCUGGACAGAGCGGGUUGUGGGAGUUCACUUGACAGCGACUGGCAAUUCAAUGUUACGAGACGGAUGUUUGUUGACAAAGAUUCGACGUUUCCCUUGGGCAUUCGACCUUUCAAGGAACUGAACCGUUUCUUGACUCGGUUGUUGUUUCCUGACGACCAGAUGCCGAGUGUCCAGCGAAUAUUGGUUCGAGGAUCAGCGGGUAGAGUGGUACCGACGGGUAUUGACGCUAUCGACCGAAGGGAAAUGUCGUUCUUGGAUACGUUUCAUAACCUUCAACUUGGAGUCCGGUAUUGUGCACAAGGCUCCGUGGUGACCAGCGUCCCGUGGGAUAAGGAAGUCCAGUAUUGUACCUCUUACCAUGGAGCAAUACCAGCACGAUUUGUUUUGGCUCCGACACCUCCUGUUCGAAUUACAGUUAUUGAGGCAGAAUUGACAGAGUCCGUUCCUCCGGAUGAAUCUUCAGCGUUCCUUACCCUCCGUGAUUUCUGA